GUAGAAGUAGAAGUUGAAGUAGAAGCAGAAUAAAUAAUGAUAAAUGAUAAUCAUAAUUAAAGACCUCCGCUGUAAGCCAGGAAGAAAAAGGAUAAUCCAACACGAUGCUCGAUAACCGCUAUAAUUGAAGGCGCUUGCUGCAAAGCUUUCCUUUCCCAGGGUUUGGUAAAAAACUGAACUUAUCCCUGCCUUUAAAUUUAACUUUUCAAUUCAACCAAAAGCACUUUGACAUGUAUUCAACGGCCAGCUUAAACUUUAUUUCCAGCGCAAAGACGUGUAGACAAUGAGUAUCUGUUUUGAAAUAAAUGAAAUUCGGCUGUCUCUGGAGCUGAAAUUCAGUUGUUUUUCUGGUUUGAUUUUUUGAUGCUGUAAGGAAGGGGGUAGAAGUGAGGAAAGAGAGGAGGGAUGGGAUCGGCGGCGGUCCUUGUAGAUAAGGCCACCAGUGACCUGCUCGUUGGCCCUGAUUGGACUAUGAACCUUCAAAUAUGUGACCUUAUUAAUACCGAUCACGGGCAAGCCAAAGAUGUUAUCAAAGCUGUCAAGAAACGUAUGGGACAUAAGAGUCCAAGGGUUCAACUACUUGCUUUGACGCUCUUGGAGACAAUGAUAAAAAAUUGUGGGGAAAUUGUACAUUACCAAGUUGCUGAAAGAAACAUUCUUCAAGAGAUGGUUAAAAUUGUGAGAAAAAAGGCAGACAUGUAUGUGAGAGACAAGAUCCUGGUACUGUUAGAUUCCUGGCAGGAAGCUUUUGGUGGUCCCAGAGGAAAAUAUCCACAAUACUUCUGGGCGUAUGAUGAACUUAGGCGUACAGGAGUUGAGUUCCCAGAUAGGGUUGAACAAAGCGUACCUAUAUUUACUCCACCUCCAACACACUCAAGAACAGAGCUGUCCCAACCAGGUUAUGGUAUGCCAAGCCACAUUGCAUCAAGGCUUGAUGAAGCAAUGGCCUCUGAUGUGCCACAGUUAAGUUUGUCUGAGAUAGAGUCUGCCCGUGGUGGAAUGGAGGUUUUAGCUGAAAUGCUCCAUGCAGUGGAUCCAAAAGAUAAGAAUGCUGUCAAAGAUGAAGUUAUUGUAGAUCUUGUUGAACAAUGUCGUUCCAGUCAGAGAAGAGUUUUGCAGCUUGUAAAUACAACAUCGGAUGAGGAGCUUCUUCGACAAGGUCUUGUAUUAAAUGACGACUUACAAAAUGUACUUGCAAAGCACGAUGCUAUAGCAUCGGGAUCUCCUUUACCACAGGAACCAAUAACUUUCAGUUCUAAUGCACCGUCUGCCAGUGCUCCCUAUGAGGAGGAUGAAGCAGAAGAUGACUUCACCAAAUUGGCCCGCAGGCCUUCACGUCUUCAAGCCAUCGAUCACCAGGAUACUAGUUCUCAAAAUAGCUUAACUGGUCAGUUGGCUUUGCCUGCCCCUGAAGAUGUGGCUGAAGAUAGUAGCAAAAGGGAUGAUCAGUUGGAUUUGCCAGAGCCUCCACAACCGAUUAAAACAUCAAAUGUUUCUAAUCAUGAACAACAGUUGAUUGAUCUUUUCAGUGGUGAUUUAACUGGUGACAUGUCACCUCAGGGUCCAGUGACCCCACCUCCUGUUACUCCUAGCAAUGGGCAUCCAGUAUCGCCCUUAGCACCACAGCAAGAUAUACCAGGGAGUUCAUAUGCUUCUAAUGGUUUUCAGCAGCAGCAGGUUUACCCUAAUGGAAGUACGUUUCAGCAGCAGCCAUAUUACUCCCAAGGAAGCAUGCCUAGCACACCGCAGUUUUCCUCUCAACAAGGCUAUCAGAAUUUACAACAGUACUCACCUUAUUUAGGUCCACAAUAUCAGAACUAUUCCUGGAAUCCAGGACAUUUUGUUCAAAAUAGUUAUGUUGUGCCUUGGGCAUCUGGAUUCAAGCAAGAACAGAGUCCUAAUGCGAAUGUAGGGACAUAUGGGUCAAGGCUUUAUAACGCACCAUCUCAGGUCUCACCAGUGUCAUCCAGUUAUCCACCUCCUCCCUGGACUUCUAGUAGUCUAGAAUCUGUACCACAAUCUAUAAGCCCUCAGCAGAGAGCCAUGCUUUAUGGAAAUAAUACUGUUCCUGCCUCAUCAUCUCCAUCAAAUGUGGUACUUCCUUUGCAGCAACAAAGAUCAUUCAGUUCUCCAAGUGAGAGACCUGCAUUAGCUGGAGAACAGCAGAGGGAUUUAAUAGGAAACAUGCAAAACAUGUCACUGCGUGGGAACAUGGCAAGGCAAGCUUCAUCUAUAACCAUACAGCCUCCUCCAAAACCUUAUACUACUCCAGAUCGACUGUUUGGGGAUCUGAUUGAUUUGAGAAGUGCGAGUACAAACAUCAAGACAUCUAGGCUGUCACAAAACCUGUCAAAAGAGAGCAGUAGCUGAGAGGGAACAAUUUAGUAUUACAAGAAAAUAACAAACCUAUUCAUAUUCUUUUCAUAGAUUGGCUGGCAUCUGCUGGCAUCUGCAAUUAUAACACCAUUUGAUCAAUUGCUAUAGAAAUGUUUGUCUAUAAUGUAGAAUAUUAGGGUCCCAGUAAUAUCCGUGGUUUUUUGUGGGAGUGUAUUUUAUUAUGACAUUUUGAUUUAUCAUUGAGCUGCAGGCCCUUGGGGAUACUCGGUUUAUCAUAUCCUGAGAGGUAUUCCACAUUUGAAUUUUUAGAAUUAGAUUCAUUUUCCACAAAUUUUAGACAGCAUGAUCGUUAUCGGGAUUUGCUGUAUCACUUGAUUUGUGCCUAUGAGAUAUAAUCUGCCUUUGCAGAGAAGGAUUAUUAUCCACCAUAUUUAGUCAGAAAACUUCUGGAGGAGUGUUGUACAGAGACUGAUUAUAUGCAGUUAUUUUCCUGUGAUGUAAAUACCUUUGUAUCAGGUGAAGUAAUAAAUUACGUUGAUAUUACAACUCGUA